AUGCUCAGAUCCAUUCUUUGCUUCUGUUCGGUCUUAUUCGCUACGACAACGUACGCGUUUCCAAUAACUAUUGAAUUAACUCAAGGACAACUCGCUUCACAAUUAGCCCUUGCCGCUAUUCAAACUGGACAAUGGACAUCUGAUAUAUCAGGUAGUGCUGCUCUCAAUAGUUUAAAUAGUUAUGAUCUGAGUGGACAUGCAAAUGUAAGUGUUCCAAUCUAUAAUGGAGGAUCUAAUCAACCGUCUGUCGGUAUUGGUGGCACUGCUGAUGCAAGUUUUGGUUCGAAUAAUGGACAACUGUAUGGACCGAACCCGAACUAUGACGUUGGUCUUGGAAUAAAUAUUCCAUUGGGAAAGAAAUGA